CUCGCUUCAUAGUUCCUUUGCUUCCUCUGUCAUAUCGCUACCUGUCCAGAAAUAUGGAGGUCCUGAAGGAGAACGUUCCUCGUGCGCACGAUAUGGCUAUGAGCGCUGAGAAGCCUCCCGCCAAGCUGGCACGCGUGGAUUUUGAGGAGAAGCUGCUGGUGAAGAAGUUGAACGACAAGGCGACGCUGCCCAAGCGCGGCUCGGCAGGCGCGGCGGGCUACGACCUCGCCAGCGCUGAGGACACCGUCAUUCCCGCCAAGGGCAAGGGCAUCGUGAAGACGGGCCUGUCCAUCCGCUGCCCCAAGGGCACUUACGGCCGUGUGGCGCCCCGCUCCGGCCUGGCGGUGAAGAACUUCAUCGACACCGGCGCCGGCGUCGUGGACGAGGACUACCGCGGCGAGGUUGGCGUCGUGCUGUUCAACCACUCGGACGUCGACUUCGUGGUCAAGGUGGGCGACCGUGUGGCUCAGCUGGUGCUGGAGCGCAUCGCCACACCCGACGUGGAGGAGGUGGAGGAGCUGGACGCAACAGACCGCGGCGCCAACGGCUACGGCUCCACAGGCGUGGCCAAGGCCUAAUUGAGUAGCUCGUGAAGAGUACCAAGGGGUUAGCUCUUGGAAGAGCAUAGAGCAGACAUGGGCGGCAUGCAGCUGACGGCGUGCAGUGCAGCAGCGGCGACACAGAAAAGCCUGAAGCAGGUGGUGCGCGAAGGCAUUGCCCUGAGCUAUUGCAUGUCAGUUAUAGGUGCUGGCGUGGGGGCGGCAGGGCACUUAUACUUGGGUACUCGUAGACAGUUAGGGCAGAGGCAGUAUGUACGGCAUGCCUUGGUACCCGCGCCGGGGGACUGGCCGGCACUCUGAGACUGUUAGUUGCAGGAGUUUGCGUUUGUGUGUGCGCGCAUGCCAUUGCAUGCGAGAGUUUUACAUAGGCAGAUUGUAGACAGGAACGGCAGGAGCCGUAUUCGUGGCACACACCUACCGUAUCACACAUGGCGUCUGGUGGCCAGUGACCAUGUGUGCUGGUGAUUCCAUUAUCACGAGGCCCAUGUUGGCCACGAAUUAUCGAACGCAGUAGUUGCCCUACGCCGGAGGUUGUAUAAUUAAUUGACGGCUGUUUUGGCAGUUUUCCGCUGGUGUCCUGCAGAGGAUUGCGGCGUGCAGGUGUGCAGGAUAAGGUGCAGGCGUCGCCACCAUGCUCCAUGUAAUGCACUAGCCGG